AUGCAUGGAGUCCCAUGUGGUCCCAAAGAGGUUGGCCAGCCUUGCAAUGGUCCGGGAAUGAGAUACCCUCGCGUUCGUGUGGCCGUUGAAUUUGACUCUUUGCUUGGAGUUUGCCAUAUAUCUCCGUCCCAGACACUGACUCGUGGUCCCCACUCAGGUCUCUGUCAACGCCGUCGAUGGCCCGAACCUGCUUAUCAGAUUUCCUACAGCCCGGCAGGCUACCGAUGCGUUGUCAGGGUGAACAACCGUGAAUACCAGACUUCGAACUACCAUCCGUCCGAGUCGUCAGCCAGAGAAGGGGCUGCUUUGAUUGCGUUCAAUAUCUGCCGCAACUUCUCUGCCAACGAUGGGUUUUUCCCUGCCGGCUUUGCCCAUGGAGGCGUGAUCCAGGGCAAUCCGGUCCCUGUAGGCUCUGGUCGCCACAGUCGCAGGAGUGGGAAGGAUACUCGAGCUGAAUACCGCUAUGGCGACACGGACAGCUCUGGAAGCAGAAGUGGAGGCAGCAGUCCUGAUUGGACCGAUUCGGGGCGUCCAGGUCGCCCGCAGCUGUCGACCAACCGUCGGGAUAUCUACGCUUCCGAGGCGAGUCACCAUGGCAAGCGAGCCGUCCCACGGUACUGA